AUGUGGGCGCUGCGGGCGCUCUGCCUGGCGGGGCUGGGUGCGGCGCUCGGCGGUGCCUCGGCGGAUCAGUGCAGCUGGAGGGGCAGCGGGUUGUCGCAGGAGGCGGGCAGCGUGGAGCAGCUCUCCCUGCACUGCGCCGAGGGCUCGCUGGAGUGGCUGUACCCCACGGGGGCCCUUCGCCUCCGCCUGGCCCCCCGCCUGCCCCCCACCACCGCUGUCGUCAAGGGCAGGAGCCCCCAGCACAUCACCGCCUGCGUCAAACCCACCGGCACCUUCCGGGGGGCUCAGCUCUACCUGGAGAGGGAGGGGGUCCUGGAGCUGCUGCUGCCUGAGGCCCCCCGGCCCCGCGUCCGCUGCUUCAGCUGGCUGCCCCGGGAGAAGGUGGCCCUCUUUCUGCAGGCCACCCCGCACCGCGACAUCAGCCGCCGCAUCGCUGCCUUCCGCUACGAGCUGCGGGGGGACUGGCUGGCCCGCCCGGCACUGCCCGCCGCCAGCCUGGCCGGAGAAGGGGCAUGCCGGCCGUGCAACGACACCGAGAUCCUGAUGGCCAUUUGCACUAGUGACUUUGUGAUCCGUGGCAGCAUCCAGAGCGUCUCCAACGAUGUGGAGCUGCAGGAAUCUGUCAUCGGGGUGAGCGCCGCCCGCAUCCACCGCCAAAAGUUCCCCCUCUUCCAGGCGGGAGGGUGGCCAGGGCGGCCGGCGGGCAGCAUCCGCACCCCGCUGCGCUGCGGCGUCAAGCCGGGCCCCGGCACGUUCCUCUUCACGGGGUGGCUGCAUUUUGGCGAAGCCUGGCUGAGCUGCGCGCCUCGCUAUAGGGACUUCCAGCGCAUCUACGAGGGGGCGCGGCGCACGCGCCAGAACCCCUGCGAGUUCCCCGUGGACUGA